AUUAGCAUUUAGCCCGGUUAGCUAACCGACUUAAAGCGAAAGAAAACAAGUUUACUAAACAGCAAUGAAAGACAGAAAGCGAUUCCCACAGCGAAUGGAUAUGGACGUAUGAGGGAGUCCAGAGUCGGUUCAGAGAUGGUUUCUCUACAGUAGCUGUCUGUUCUGGAGCUGGAGGUGGUUCUGGCGGUACUGGAUGGCUUGCCCGGUCCAGUGCCUCUUGCGAGGGCUAUGCACUGUUGCACUAAUUCUCCUCUACUAUGUCUUCUCCAUAGGCAUCACAUUCUAUAACAAAUGGCUUAUGAAGGGCUUCCAUUACCCUCUGUUCAUGACACUGGUUCAUCUCGCCAUCAAUUUCUGCCUGUCAGCUCUGACACGRAAGGCCAUGCAGUGCUGGACAGGCAAACCACGCAUCAUCCUGAAUUGGACAGACUACCUCUAUAAAGUGGCUCCAACAGGCCUUCAGAAUCCAAUAGAUGCCAUGUACCAUCUACAACCACUCAUGUUUCUGAGCCUCUUUCCUCUUUUCUUGUAUAACGAAGCUCURAGCCUGAGCUCCUCUGAGAAGCUGUUCCGGGUCACGGAGCUCUCUCCUCUCCUGUAUUCUCUCUUCACGCUGAGCGUCGGCGGCACGCUGGCCUUCGGUUUGGGCUUUUCAGAGUUUCUGCUCGUCUCGCGGACCUCCAGCCUCACCCUGUCCAUCUCAGGGAUCGUUAAGGAAAUCUGCACGCUGCUGUUGGCAGCUUCUCUGGGAGAUAAAAUGAGCGUUCUGAACUGGCUGGGCUUUGCUGUGUGUCUGUGUGGCGUUUCAUUACACGUAGGACUGAAGACUUAUUAUUCCAGAAAUAAAGUUCCUUCUUUAAGGCAGCUCAGCAGUAAGACUUCAGAACUGGAGAUGCCUUUACUCCUGAAUGACAGCAGUAAACGUGGAGAUUCAGCUGAAGACGAGCGUGACGACGAAGACGAAGAGCAAGAAAUCUUUCUGAAAUGACCCGGUGUCUCUGAGAACUCCUUCGUUUCUCAUUUGUCAGAAAGUUUCAACAAUAACAGAGCAAGAGGCUGAAGGCUUUUGGUUUAAAAUAUCACCGUUUUGUAAAACAAAUGGUGAAUUUUCUGAUAAAUAAUGAAACCAAAGAAGCCUCUGAUUCAGGAAACCGAUAGAAAAAUAUAAAACGAGAACUUUUCUUGAACUCGUCACAUUCUUAUAUCUGUUAGAGACAGUUUUUGUUUUGUUUCACUGUGAAUCAUUAAAACCUAAUGUUAUUCAUGUUUUAGGCUUAAAUAAUAACUCUGCUAGAAAUAAAUAAAUAAUCUGUGAGAGUGAGAUAGCUUUAAAGAGACACGUCUUUGACUCCUCAGGUUGCAGAGGACUUUACUUCCCUUAAUAUGCAAAAAACACAUUUUCUCACAUAAUUUAAUAUCUGAAAUAUUUUGUAAAUUUAUAUUUAGGUUUCAGCCCGAGUGAGGCAGUGUGGAAAUUGUAACGAGGAUGUUUCUUUUAGGAAAUGUGUGCCAAAUGUACAACUUUAUUUUUACAUUUAAUUCACAUUUUCUUUGCGUACCUGCCUAUCAAACUCAUCAAAUCUAAUUUUUAUGAAUAAAUUAACUCGUUAGGAUGUCCUGAAGCCUUGUGGUUGAAUCUAAAAUCACUUUUUGUUCAUCUUACAAAGUGCGUCAAAGUUUUGUUUAAUUUAUAAAAGAAAUGACGUUUAGAUGAACAGUCGGAUCAUGAAAAUGUUCUUUUUCAUUCCAACGUGAUUUUUGUCAUGUUUAUCUGGAACAUUCCAACUCAGCUCAAUYCUUUAAACAUUUCUUGACUGCAGUUUUUUUUUAUCUUAAUUCAAAGCACUAUUAAUGAUCUUUCUGUGCCUUAAUAGACUCCAAAGAGCUAUUUUCAUAAUGUUGGUGAUUUGUGUAAAAUUAAAAGGUUUCUAAAAUUUCAAUUUUUUAUGAUUUAAAAAAAAACAAUGUUGAAAUUGUUUGAGAAAUAAAGUAACACAAAAGAAAAA